CAGUGAAUAGCGACCUGCCCGUGACCAGAAGGUCUCACAGUGACACCGUGACACCGUGGGCACCAUGGGAUUGCUGGGGGAAGCAGCUUCGUCUCAUGUCAACACGUGGCUGGCGGACAAGACUGCCAAGAGCAAAAGCAGCUCCUGCGCACUUCGCCAUCCUGCUACUGGGGAGGCAGCUCCUGUGGGUGACAGAUACAACCGAGAGCCGAUCCCAGAUGAGGACUGGUGGCUCAGGGGUAACAACCGCUCAAAGUGUUUUCGUCUUCGGCGUGCAGCUCUUAACCACAGCGCCGUUCACCUUCUACGAUGGCAACCCCUUGGCCAAGAAGCACUUCCAGGCACAAUGUGUUGGGCCGGAGCAUUCUCGUCGAGUGGCACAGCAAUUGGGUCGGAUUGGCCACAGCUUCUCAGAAUCAAACAUGCAAGUGUUGAAGGAGGACCCCAUGGCACGGCGGUACAUGUCGAAGAGAUAUGCUGAGCUGAUGCGUCCCUCGGACCGUCCCUCGGACUCCAAGUCUUCGACACGGCCUGCAGCUUCUGCAGCAGCCACGACGGGACCGGGACCGGCCGGGCCGGUGCUACCAGCGGCGACGAUGACGGCAGUGAAAUUUCCAAAAGCAGAGCUACGCAGAACCAUGGAUGGUCGAAGCAUUAUUGUGCUGCCCAAUCCACGCUUGCCGCGUGGACAAGAGUCCAUGGACAUCCACAGUCCGAGUCCACCCAUCUUGGGGCGACCCAAGUUCAACUACACCUUUGACUAUGCAGGGGAACGGUUGGCCAUGUAGUUUUUCAGGGAUCCCAAGGGAUUUGAAGGGGAUCGCGCCUGUUUCACCGAGUCGUCAGAGUGAAGACGGGGACCCUGUGAAGCAGGGUCAAGCUCUGUGACUGAAGCAACUCGAUGUGGCCCCAGGAUGAUGAGGAUGAUGAGUACCCAAUGCUGG